UCUCAGAUCUCAUCAUUGAAGGAUUAGCUUGAACCUUGUUCUAGUCUAUAUAUACCUUCACUUUCACAGCUUUAUUAGCAUUAAUUCUCUUGCUGAUCCCACCAGUUGCAGAACCCCGCAAGAAACUGAGCCAUGUCUACUAUUUCGAAGAGAGAUAAGACUUGUUCUAAGGAGGAAGAAGAGAGUACUGAGAUGAGACGAGGCCCUUGGACUCUUGAAGAAGACAGCCUCCUCAUCCACUAUAUUGCUCGCCAUGGUGAGGGUCGCUGGAAUAUGUUAGCAAAAAGUGCUGGAUUGAAGAGGAAUGGGAAAAGUUGCAGACUCAGAUGGCUUAAUUACUUGAAACCAGAUAUCAAGCGAGGAAACCUUACCCCGCAAGAACAGCUCUUAAUCCUAGAACUUCAUUCUAGGUGGGGUAACAGGUGGUCGAAAAUUGCUCAGCAUCUGCCAGGAAGAACUGAUAAUGAGAUCAAGAACUAUUGGAGAACCAGAGUGCAGAAACAAGCACGCCAUCUUAAUAUUGAAUCUGGAAGCAAGAAAUUCAUUGAUGCGGUUCGGUGUUUCUGGAUGCCAAGAUUGGUUCAAAAGGUUGAACAGAAACAGAAUUCUUCUCCUUGUACUGCUGCUGCUGCUGCUUCGUACUCUUGUUCUCUCACAGCAGGCACGAACCUUCAUGUUUCUUCUUCAUCAUCUUCCCCAAUGUUGUCAACCUGCAACAACUCUGUUAUGCCUUCUCUGUCUUCAUCAUCAUCACCAAUAUCAUCUUUCCAGGCAAAUUUUCCCAGCAAUUUCUGCUCCAAUCCCAGCAAUUUUCCCUCUGAUUCCUGGCAAUUCUCGCAGGUUCUGGAACCUCCUAAUUCAGAACUCCCAGCAAGUAGCUCUUAUUAUUUGUUGGAGAACAAUGCUUUUUACAGCAACCCAAUUCAGGAAAACUUGUUGGUGAACAAUAACAUUAUGGGUACUCAUGGGUAUGAAAUCAUGGAUUAUAAUAAUCUGAUCAAUAAUCAUCAGCAGGAACCAGCGACAAUGAUGGAAACUUAUGACAUGUUGCCGUUUGAUUAUUAUCAGCCAGUGGCAGAAAAUGACUGGACGUUAGGAAACAUGGCAGAGACUUUAUGGAACAUGGAAGCUCUGUGACAGAGAAUAGCCAUUCGCAUGCAUCUCGGCUUCUUUUUACCGUUGGAUGGUCAAUCAAAGAUUCAUGUAAUAUUAUACGGAGAUCUUUAAUGUUUCCUGUUCUUGUUACAGUUUUUAAUUAAGGUUCAGGUUAUUAGGUAUAGAACUCUGAUCAUCGUGUAUUGCAUGCAUGUCUUUGUUCUAUGAUUAACAUAAUAUGUAUGCUUAAUCAUGUCUAAAUAUGGCAUAUUUAGAUAGAAAUGACAGUCAAGGAUGAGGUUUAAUUAAUUAUUAGUUUUGGAAAAGAAUGUGAUUUGACUACGA